CGCGGUUUCGAGUUAAAGACAUUUCGACAAAAAACAUUUACAAGAUGAAAUUCCUGCUUUUGGCUAUCUUUGUUUGUUGCGCGCUCUUCAUGGCUGUUAGCGCCGUGCCCGUAGAGGAGGCCAUUCCCGAAGGUAUUGAGGGUGCUCACGACACUAUCGAAGCCACCGAUGAUAAGAGCAUUCUGUUGAAGUUGAAAUUGCUUAAGAAAUUGUUGUUCUUGGGUUAAUUCUAACGACAUGCCGAAUCAUCACAUUACCGUUAUUCAAAAAACUUCCGCCAUACUAAACCCAUAAACGUCGUAUUUUCACGUCGUUUAUUUUAAAAUUUAUGUUAACACUAAGUAAAAAAGUAUAUAAGAAAAUAUCAGCUCAUAACUUUCAAUACUCUAAAUAAUAUGUUACU